AUGAGUUGGUUGCGAAACAGUCAAUUACGAACUAGUUUUACGCCUAAACGUCAGUCAAAUUCACCUCCAAAAAAUUGUGAUCCAACAGCAUGUACUGAAAGUUUUAAAAAGCAUUGGCAACAAGCUAAUGAAAUAAUUGACAAAACGCAGCCUCCUGGUGGAUAUCCUAUACAAGAUGAUGUCAUUGGUGUAGUUAAUCAUUUAGGUCAAAUGAUGACUCUUUUGGUAUUAGAACUUAGGCAAACUGAUAAAGAUGAAUCUAAGCCAUCAGCUACUCCUUGUUUUGAACAUUUACUCACCGAAAAUGUUUUCGAAAGGCUAUUCGAGUGGAGUAUACAUACAGGAAGAUUUAAUAAUGCUGUUAGACUAGAACAGUUGAAAUUUUAUGAGUUACUAGUCAAUAAUGCAGGACAGCAAUUUUUAGUUCAUGAACCAUUUUUAAGACCUUUGCUUAAACUCCUAACUUCAUGUACGAGUGAAGUUUAUCCAGUUGAAAUAGAAAAAAGGCUUGUUACUCUCCUUAACCAAUUAUGUGUCUCAGUCAUGCAUAAUAUUCAGCUUCUAGAUUUAUUUUUUAGUGCAGCAUCCAAUAAGGACCGGCCAAGUAUGUUUCUUUUAUUUUCCUUGUUGGUACCAUUUGUUCAUCGUGAGGGAUCAAUUGGGCAACAAGCUCGGGAUGCUUUGCUUUUAUGUAUGUCAAUGUCCAACAAAAAUGAACUAGUCGCUUCUUAUAUCACCGAAUAUUCAAAUGUUUGUCCUGUGUUAGCUACCGGGCUGAGUGGAUUGUAUUCAUUGUUACCACGAAAAUUGGAAAUUGAAACUGAAGAUUGGCAUAGGUUAACACCGGAUGAUAUAAAUGAACUUCCCGAACUUACACUAUUGAUCAACUCAUUUGAAUUUUGUAAUGCAGUUGCACAGGUAGCACACAUUUCAGUUACAGAGCAAUUACUAGAAUUUAUUUAUCAGGAUUUCUUAUUCCCCACGGUUGAAGAAUUAGUUGCGGCCACUGCUUACUAUGAAUUGUUUAUUCGAAAUGCAACCAAUCCGGGUCUCCUGCAAACUUUGAUAAAAUUUUUAAUGCAAGAUUGUUACGAUGGACAAAGAAUUUUAAAUACGCUCAUUGUUAGGAUACACUCACCAACGAGAUUGUGUGUCGUGACGUUGUCUUUAUUAGAAACACUUAUUAAUUUAGAUUCGGAAGAUGUCAUGGUGGAAUUAAUUUUAAAGCAUUUAGCGCCGUGCAAUCACGUGAUGAUUUCGCAAAGGCGCCGCCUUCGCGAAAUCGAGCCUUAUGCUUCAAGUGCAUUAAAAUUCCUUUCACUUUCUCCCAUUUGUUGCUCAGUGAUGAAAACAUUUUCAGUGCCUUCUCGAACUCGUUUACCGGUUUCGUCUCAACCGCAGUCUUACGCAUACGGACUCCGUCCAGAAGAAUCCCUCUAUGGAAACUAUCACGCUUAUUUAUGCGAUGCCAAAUCGAAAAUUGAAUCCUGUGCAAAAAACUGUGAAAAUUGGUCUCAACCCUACGACGGGGAAGAUCCCAAAACGACGAUAGUAUUAAGUUCGAACAUGCGGAAAAAUAGUGCAAUUAAAAAUGAAAACUGUGAUAAUAAUAAAAAUGGGGACAGCAUGCAAUCCAUCGGAGAAAGUGGAUACAAUAGUUUUCCGGCAAAAGAAUCACUCGACACUUCUCCCGAAGAUGAGAAAAAAGACGAAUUUGGAAAAUCGGCCAACAAUAAUGAGAAAAUGACCAGAUCGAAUUCAUUUUUAGAAGCGAGCAUUACAUCUGAUAUUGGUCCGUUUUUGGAUACGCUUUUUAAAUCGUUAGAAAAAAUGCCUUUUCAUAGUUUGUACGUGAAUUUGAGGUUGUCAGCAAUAAUUUCAAGGUUGGCUGCUUAUCCCCAACCUUUAUUAUCUUCGUUACUUCUAAAUCAUUCUCUAGUCUUCCAGCCAAGCAUUAAAUCACUUUUUCAGGUUUUAGCUUCAGUGAAGCAAAAAUUAGAUACCAUGUUGAAUAGAUCAGGAGAAAUAGAGAAACUCGUUCAAGAAGCUCGCAUGUAUUUACUUCAAAGGGAGGAAAAGUUGGCAAACAUGAGGAAAACUGCUGUCGAAGCUCCCUUGUCAAAGAGGCCUUUUUUAUACGGUUUUAAUCGAAGUGAUGCCAAAAGAAGAAGUUUUUCUUCGGCAAUAUCUUCGGUUCUCAGGCGCGCCAUGCAACCCUCUCCAAUAGUUGUAGAAAAGGUAUUGGAAAUAGACGGGCCCGGAAGCGGAUUUAGGUACGUAAAAACUAUUAAUAAGGAAACGAAAAGUGAGGAGGAUGACGUAAGAAGAGCCGUUCUCAAUGCAGUUUUAUUAGAUGAAUGGUUAAAGGAAUUGGGAGCCCUUGCUCAGGAACAAUGUCUAUACGCCUUGACAAAUUUCACUUGA